AUGAAGAGUUUUUUCCAGCUGUUUAGAUUCAUCUGGUUUACCAAGCCACCCAUCCGGUCCUUUCACAGACAUCACCAGCUUUGGACAGCUAUGACUCCUGCAGACUUUGAAGCCAUAAAUCGUUGCGACAGGCCACUACCUAAGAACUUUAAUUUUGCAGGGGAUGUGCUGGACCAGUGGUCCCAAAAGGAGAAGACAGGGGAGAGGCCAGCCAACCCAGCCCUGUGGUGGGUGAAUGGCAAAGGAGAUGAAGUGAAAUGGAGCUUCAGAGAACUGAGCUCUUUGUCCAAAAAGGCCGCCAACGUGUUCACCAAGUCCUGUGGCUUACAAAGAGGAGAUCGAGUGAUCGUGAUUCUACCCCGAAUCCCUGAAUGGUGGCUCAUCAAUGUGGCUUGCAUGCGAACAGGGCUUGUUUUCAUCCCAGGAACCAUUCAGCUGACAGCCAAAGACAUCCUCUACCGGCUACAAGCUUCCAAAGCCAAGUGCAUUGUGAUCAGUGAGGAGGUGGCCCCGGUGGUGGAAUCCGUCCUAUCUGAGUGUCCAAACCUGAAGAACAAAGUCCUGGUGUCUGCACACAGCUGGAAUGGUUGGCUCAGCUUCCAGGAGUUAUUUCAAUCGGCCUCUGAAGAGCACAGCUGUGUGGAGACCGGAAGUCAAGAACCAAUGGCCAUUUAUUUCACCAGUGGAACCACAGGCUUCCCUAAGAUGGCUCAGCACUCUCAGAGCAGCCUUGGCAUUGGAUAUGCCCUCUGCGGGAGGUAUUGGCUGGACUUGAAGUCCUCGGAUAUCAUAUGGAACAUGUCAGACACAGGCUGGAUCAAAGCUGCCAUUGGUAGUGUGUUUUCUUCCUGGCUUCAUGGUGCCUGUGUUUUUGUGCAUCGGAUGGCCCAGUUUGACACUGAUACCUUCCUAAAUACGCUUACCACCUAUCCUAUCACCCACCUAUGCAGUGCACCCACCGUGUACCGGAUGCUUGUGCAGAAAGACCUUAAGAGAUACAAAUUCAAGAAGCUGAGGCACUGCUUGACUGGAGGGGAGCCGCUCAACCCGGAGGUGCUGGAACAGUGGAAGGAGCAAACAGGGCUGGAGCUGUAUGAGGGCUAUGGACAGACAGAAGUGGGAAUAAUUUGUGCCAACCAGAAAGGCCAAGAAAUUAAACCUGGCUCUAUGGGAAAAGGAGUAUUACCCUACAAUGUCCAGGUUAUAGAUGAAAAGGGCAAUAUCCUACCACCUGGCAAAGAAGGGGAUAUUGCAAUCAGACUGAAGUCUACCCGGCCUUUCUGUUUCUUCUCUGAAUAUGUGGACAAUCCAGAGAAAACUGCUGAUACAAUAAGAGGAGACUUUUAUGUCACUGGAGACAAAGGCCUGAUGGACAGAGAUGGGUAUUUCUGGUUUGUUGGCAGAGCUGAUGAUGUCAUUAUAUCCUCUGGGUAUCGUAUCGGGCCCUUCGAAGUGGAGAGUGCACUCAUUGAGCACCCAGCAGUGGUCGAAUCAGCUGUUGUCAGUAGUCCAGAUCCAAUUCGAGGAGAGGUCGUAAAAGCGUUCGUUGUCUUAUCUGCACCCUACAAAUCAUCCAACCCUGAGAAGCUGAUCCUUGAGCUUCAGGACCACGUGAAAAAAUCAACUGCACCCUACAAAUACCCAAGAAAGGUGGAGUUUGUUCAAGAACUUCCAAAGACAAUCACUGGGAAAAUUAAACGCAACGUUUUAAGAGACCAAGAAUGGGGACGAAUAUAGCUUGAUAAGAAAAGUGAAAACUAAAUAGUAACAUGGUUUUCUUUUAGCACUUGCUUGAUACUUCAGUGACUGAUUUUUUAAUGUUAAAAUUAAAAAUCUGAGUUUUUGUUUUCCACUUAGC